AUGUCUCAAGACAGAGACGUCCUCCCAGAGGAUGUUAAGCCCAUCAACUACGCCAUCUCCCUUACAGACCUCUCCCCAGGCGAGCCAUGGACGUACCAAGGCACUGUCAACAUCGACGUCGAGAUCAAAAAGGCCACCAAGAGCAUUGUGUUGAACGCCUUUGCACUGAAGCUACACUCUGCCGAAGUGGCAUCUGAUUCUGGCAAACACUCCUCCUCAGUGAAGGCAUCGAACAUCUCGUACGAUGAGAAGAACCAACGAGCCACUCUUACGUUCGACCAAGAGCUUCCCCAAUCGCCAAAGGCAGUCCUUUCGAUAUCGUUCGAGGGUAUCAUGAACAACAAUAUGGCUGGUUUCUACCGGUCCAAGUACAAGCCCACUGUUGAGCCGGCAAAGGGUGUUGCGAAGGACAACGAGCACCACUACAUGUUCUCAACUCAAUUCGAGAGCUCAGACGCUCGACGAGCAUUUCCCUGUUUCGACGAGCCGAACCUCAAGGCCACCUUCGACUUCGAGAUUGAAAUUCCCGAAGACCUUGUUGCGCUGAGCAACAUGCAAGAGAGGGAGACCCGAAAGAGCAAGGCUGGACACAAGAUUGUGUCGUUCGAUCGAACCCCAAUCAUGUCGACAUACCUGCUUGCGUGGGCGUUUGGUGAUUUCGAAUAUAUCGAAGACUUCACGCGGAGAAAGUACAACGGCAAGAGCUUGCCUGUCAGAGUGUACACUACCAGAGGACUCAAACAUCAGGGACAAUUGGCACUCGAUAGUGCGCAUCAGAUUGUGGACUACUUUUCCGAGAUCUUCCAGAUCGACUAUCCUCUGCCGAAAGUUGAUCUUCUUGCAGUUCAUGAGUUUAGCCACGGCGCUAUGGAGAACUGGGGCCUAAUAACGUACAGAACGACGGCGGUGCUGUUCGACGAGUAUGCAUCGGAUCAGAAGUACAGGAACCGGGUCGUCUACGUUGUUGCCCACGAGCUGGCCCAUCAAUGGUUCGGAAACCUCGUCACAAUGGACUGGUGGUCUGAGCUGUGGCUCAACGAAGGCUUCGCAACUUGGGUGGGCUGGUAUGCCGUCGACCAUCUCCACCCGGACUGGAACGUUUGGGGCCAGUUUGUCACCGACAGCAUGCAGAUGGCUUUCCAGCUCGAUUCACUGCGCACGUCUCAUCCGAUCGAAGUCCCAGUCCGCAACGCCCUCGAAGUUGACCAGAUCUUCGAUCAUAUCAGCUACUUGAAGGGUAGCUCAGUCAUUCGCAUGCUGGCCUCACACCUCGGCGUCAAGACCUUCCUUCAAGGAGUUGCGGACUACUUGAAAGCUCACAAGUACAGCAACGCUACUACCAAUGACCUUUGGUCAGCUUUGAGCAAGGCUUCAGGUCAAGACGUUACGAGCUUCAUGGACCCCUGGAUCCGUAAAAUUGGGUUCCCUGUCGUCACAGUCGCAGAGGAGCCAGGCCAACUCAGCGUGAAGCAAUCCCGAUUUCUGACUGCAGGUGAAGUCAAGCCAGAGGAAGAUCAGACAGUGUGGUGGAUUCCAUUAGGUUUGAAGACCGGACCAUACGCUACUGACGCCAAGCGUGAGCCAUUGACGGCGAAGGAGGAUACUUACCGUGACGUUGACACCAGCUUCUACAAGGUCAAUGUCGACCAGACUGGCUUCUACCGCACCAAUCUUCCACCCCAGCGCCUCAUCGAACUCAGCAAAGUCCUUGAUAAGCUCUCAGUCCAGGACAAGAUCGGACUUGUCGGUGACGCGGCGGCACUCGCAGUCGCUGGAGAAGGUACUUCACCUGCGGUGCUGUCUUUCUUGGAAGGCUUCGUAACUGAGAAGAACUACCUUGUCUGGAGCGAGGUUCUCUCAAGUCUGGGCAAGAUCCGAUCCAUCUUCUCAGCGGACGAAGAAGUUUCUGCCGGUCUCCGUAAGUAUACGCUCAAGCUGGUCACUGCCGCUACAGACAAAAUCGGUUGGGACUUCGGACCCUCUGACGACUACCUCACUGGCCAACUUCGCGCCCUGCUCAUCAGCACUGCCGGUCUAGUAGGCCAUGAGAGUGUCGUUGCCGAAGCUCAAAAGCGAUUCAAGGCUUUCCUUGAUGGAGAUGCCAAGGCCAUCCACCCGUCCCUGCGCGCCGCUGUCUUCAAGACCGCAAUCAAGAAUGGUGGUGAUGAUGCGUACAAAGCCGUACGGAAGGAGUUCCAGACAACGAGCUCGAUCGACGGCAAAGAGAUCACACUCCAGGCGCUGGGAUCGGUGCAGACUCAUGAACUCGCUACUGACUAUCUGAAGUUUGCCUUUGGUGGUAACGUGGCUGUUCAAGAUCUCCACUCUGUUGGAGCUUCAUUGGCAAACAACUCCAAAGUGCGCGACGCCGUUUGGGAAUACAUCAAGGCCGAAUGGCCUGCGAUUCGCGAGAAGCUGGGAGCGAACAUGGUUGUCCUCGAACGCUUCCUCCGAAUGAGUCUGCAAAAGUUCGCCAGCGCAGAGGUGGAGAAGGACAUUGAGCAGUUCUUCAGCAACAAGGACAACACGGGCUACGAUAGAGGCUUGGCUGUCGUCAGCGAUACCAUCAAGGGCAACGCAAGAUACCGCGAGCGAGACCUGGAAAGGACCCGGGAGUGGCUCAAUGCCCACGGGUACACGAAGUAA